AUGACAUUAAGGAAAGUGAACGUUUCCAUCCUUAUAGUGGCUGUUGUCAUAUUUUUGCUCGUUCUUCAUCAUAACUUCCUAGGCCUCAGUGACUUCUUGAAACGGGAAUUGUCAGAUUCGAGUCCAUUAGGACUUCAGCCUAUAGAUUUCAUACCUGCAGUUCCCCAGAGGCUGGCAGAUGAAAGGAAUGAUAAGGAGAUUUCUGUGGUCAUUGCAGCAUCAGAUGAGAGGCUUGGGGGUGCAAUUGCAGCCAUGAACAGUAUUUACCGUCACACCAGAUCCAACGUGGUUUUCCAUAUUGUUACUUUGAAUGAUACUGUGGAUCACCUGAGGCUGUGGCUAAGUAACACUGCUCUGAAAAAUUUGAGAUACCGAAUUUUGGAUUUUGACCCUCACGUCUUAGAAGGGAAAGUACAAGUGGAUCCUCAAAAGGCAGACACCUUAAAACCAUUAACCUUUGCAAGAUUCUAUUUGCCCAAUUUGGUACCUCAUGCAGAGAAGGCCAUCUAUGUGGAUGAUGAUAUAAUAGUGCAAGAUGAUAUUCUUGAACUUUACAACACUCCAUUGAAACCUGGACAUGCGGCUGCAUUUUCAGAUGAUUGUGACUCAACUACUAAUAAAGUUGCUGUCCGUGGAGCAGGCAAUCAGUAUAAUUACAUUGGGUUUCUAGAUUACAAAAAAGAAACCAUCCGAAAGCUUGCCAUGAAAGCCAGCACCUGCUCUUUCAAUCCAGGAGUUUUUGUUGCCAAUUUGACAGAAUGGAAAUUACAGAACAUCACUAAGCAGCUGGAGAAGUGGAUGGCACUUAAUGUAGUAGAGGAACUUUACAGUAGGAAUCUGGCUGGCAGCAUCACGACACCUCCGCUGCUAAUUGUAUUUUACAAGCAACAUUCCAGUAUUGAUCCCAUGUGGAAUGUCCGGCAUCUCGGGUCCAGUGCUGGAAAAAGGUACUCUCCUCAGUUUGUGAAAGCUGCCAAACUGCUCCAUUGGAAUGGACAUUUCAAACCAUGGGGAAGAACUGCUUCAUAUGCUGAAGUCUGGGAGAAGUGGUAUGUCCCUGACCCUACAGGCAAGUUCAGCCUGAUCCGCAGACAUUCAGAAGCCUAUGAAGCAAAGUAGGGUCAAUUUUCAUAACUGACGGCGUUUUCUCAGGAAACUUCUGGAGCCAAGCAAAACUUUUUUUUUUUCGCCAACUUGUAUUACAGAGCAGCCCUUGCCUUCUGGAGCACAAGGUGAUGCGCUUGUUCAGGUGCAGUUCUGAAAUGCAUAGGUCCAAGGGAGACUCAGUUCACUUAUGCGACAGAAGAUGCUACUCCAGCAGCACUACAGAAAGCAAGGGAGGAUCUCCACAAACUCGCAUUUUUGAUAGUUCACUUCUGUUGUACGUUCUGCUCUUUACUACAAGUCUUCUAGAGGAGGAUCACUUUAUCAGCUAUGGAAAGAAACAGUUUCUAAGAACAAGACAACUUCAGAUGGUGCUUGCACCAUGCAAAUCUUGCACAGCAAUGUACUGUAAUUAAGAGCUGCUUGGGUUUUGUUCCGUUUGUUUGUUUUCUUAUCCUGUGAAAUAGUUUCCUCA